CUCUAUCGACGAUCGCGUUCCGCCUUUCCCCCGGGGAUGUCAGCCCCAUGCCAUCCUCUCCUCCCUCAAAUCCCGCCUCACCUCUCGGUGGUCCAAGGGUUCUUCCUCCUCUUCUGCCCCAUCAACAGCCACACUCCGUCACAGAAGCUGACAGCCAGUACAGUUCCCUUUGACAGCAGCAGAGGAAGGAUGGGUGAUGAUGGGUGA